UAGUGAGUAGAGUGAGACCUUUUUGGUGCCAAAUAAAAUGCUCGUAAAAUUGGCUAAGUAGAUUAUUUGGUAUUUUAUUGAAUGUAUGCGAAAAGCAGACGGAUAAAAAAGUAAAAAAAACGCAAAGCGAACGCAUACAAUCGCGCCCGGAACCGGCGAGGCGCAGCUCCCUGUGAGCCAAUCCCAUGCGAGAGAACGAGUGGGCAGGAACUGCUAAAAAAAAUUUAUCAAUUAUAUAGGCCAUCCUUAAGUUUUUGGGGCCAUGAAGAGUGUGCUGAUGGUGGCCGAGAAACCCUCGCUGGCAGCGUCGCUAGCGGGGAUUCUUUCCAAUGGCAGGUGUACUGCCAAAAGAGGCACCGGCAACGGCUGUUCUACGCAUGAGUGGACCGGCAACUUCCGGAACGAGGGCAGCGUCCAUUUCCGGAUGACAUCCGUGUGCGGUCAUGUGAUGUCACUGGACUUUAUUAGCAAGUACAACUCCUGGGACAAGGUCGAUCCUGUGGAGCUCUUUGGCUGCCCUACCGAGAAAAAGGAAACGAAUCCUAAGCAUCAUAUGCGCACCUUUUUGGCCCACGAAGCGCGCGGCUGCGAUUACUUAGUCCUGUGGCUGGAUUGCGAUAAAGAGGGAGAGAACAUAUGCUUCGAGGUGAUGGACGCCGUGCAACACGUUAUACACAAUGUGUACAGCAAACAGGUGACGUAUCGGGCGCACUUCUCUGCUAUUACGGACAAGGAUAUCAAAGGAGCGAUGGAAUCACUAGGUCAUCCGAACGAGAACGAGGCCAAGUCGGUUGAUGCGCGGCAGGAGCUGGAUCUGCGAAUUGGCUGCGCCUUUACCCGCUUUCAAACAAAGUUUUUCCAGGAUCGCUACGGCGACCUAGACUCCUCGCUUAUCUCCUAUGGUCCCUGUCAGACGCCAACGCUAGGUUUCUGUGUGAAGCGGCACGACGACAUCCAAACCUUUAAGCCGGAGAGCUUCUGGCACCUGCAGCUGCUAGCUGGCCAGCCGGAAUUUACGUUAGAGUGGGCGCGUGGCCGGGUUUUUAAGAAGGACAUUGCCAUCAUGCUGCUGAAUCGCGUCAAGGAACACAAGGAGGCCACAGUGGAGAGCGUUGGCAGCAAGGAGUCCUUCAAGAGCAAACCUCAGGCUCUAAACACCGUAGAGCUAAUGCGAAUCUGCAGCUCCGGUCUGGGUAUCGGACCGUUUCAGGCGAUGCAGAUAGCGGAGCGCCUGUACACUCAGGGGUACAUAAGCUAUCCGCGAACGGAAACUAAUCAGUAUCCGACUAACUUCGAUCUACCGGCAGUGUUGCACGUGCUGAAGCCUUCGGGGGACUUCGGCGAAGAGGCACGCACCAUCCUAGGCGAUAUGCAGACGCCGAGGAAAGGCAAGGAUGCGGGUGAUCAUCCUCCGAUUACACCCAUGAAAUUGGGAAACCGAAGUGACUUUGAUCGCGAUACUUGGCGCGUCUACGAAUUCAUCUGUCGGCACUUUAUGGGCACCGUAUCGAGAGACCUAAAGUAUCGCGUGACGACCGCCAAACUGCGCGUGGGCUUAGAGACGUUUAGCUGCACGGCCAAUGUGUUAAUUGACGCCGGUUUUACCAAGGUGAUGACAUGGCAGGCCUUUGGACGGGAUGAGCCGAUGCCGCCGUUCAUUCAGGGCACUCAAGUGGCCAUCAACGAUGUGCGACUAACCGAAAGCCAGACGGGACCACCAGACUACCUCACGGAAUCGGAACUUAUCACACUUAUGGAGCAGCACGGCAUUGGCACGGAUGCUUCUAUACCGGUGCACAUAAACAACAUCUGCCAGCGGAACUAUGUGCGUAUUGAAAAUGGACGAAAGUUGAUCCCUACGACGCUGGGCAUUGUGCUGGUCCAUGGCUAUCAGAAGAUUGAUCCUGAACUCGUACUUCCGACAAUGCGAACGGAGGUCGAGCGCAUGCUAACGCUUAUUGCUCAAGGUUCAGCAGACUUUCAGGAUGUUCUGCGUCACGCCAUUCAGAUCUUUAAGCUAAAGUUCAUGUAUUUUGUGAAGAACAUCGCCAACAUGGACGCCCUGUUCGAGGUUUCCUUCUCGCCGCUGGCCGAGUCGGGCAAGGCACACUCGCGCUGCGGCAAAUGUAGACGCUACAUGAAGUACAUACAGACAAAGCCCGCGAGGUUGCAUUGUUCCCAUUGCGAUGAGACGUAUGCCCUACCUAUUGGCAAUGUAAAGGUCUAUCGGGAGUUUAAGUGCCCGCUAGAUGACUUCGAUCUGCUGGCAUUCUCCACCGGCGUCAAGGGGCGAUCGUAUCCGUUCUGCCCGUACUGCUAUAAUCACCCGCCGUUCAGUGACAUGCCCCAUUUAGGGGGUUGCAAUACCUGCACUCAUGCCACUUGUCCACAUUCUCUGAACACGCUAGGCAUCUCCAGUUGUGUGGAGUGUCCCACAGGCGUUCUAGUGCUCGAUUGCACGCUGGCGCCCACGUGGAAGCUCGGCUGCAACCGCUGCGACGUAAUAAUCAACUGUUUUAAAGGUGCCACUAAAAUCACAGUGGAAGAGGCCAAGUGUCAGGAGUGUGGCGCCCAGCAAGUAAACGUGGUCUACAAGUCUGACAAAAGCAAGUUCAAGGAUGGCAGUGAGGAGAAGAGCGGGUGCAUCUUCUGCUCCACAGACUUCUCCCACUUGGUUGAGAAGCAUCGUGCAGUCGCAUCGAGACCUGUUCGCAGUGGCGGUGGAUCUCGGGGCGGGAAAGCUGGUCGUGGCGGUGGAGGAGUCGGUGGACCGGCUGGUGUCGCCGGAGGAGCAGUAACUGCUGGCGGCGGAACUGGUUCUGGAGGCGGCGGGCGUGGUGGACGCGCCGGUAGGCAGCCCAAAGAUAAAAUGGCUCAGCUGGCGGCGUACUUCGUAUGAGAACCGUGGAUUGCAUUUACAACAAAAACAAAAAAACUAAGCCGAAAAAAUAAAAACGAAAUUGUAUAAAGAAAUU